GCAUUUAUCUGGUUGUGCGAAAAGGAAAAAGAAGAAACUUGCAAAUGAAUUCAUUGGAACUCAAAAGGGUGCUAUUCGUAAAUUUGUUUUAAAAAAAUCCACUGCCGAGAAUCCAGAGGUAUUAGCUGUUCAUAGUGUUGAAGAAGAACAAUCUGAUGAAAACUUAGUGGAGGAAAAUGUUGACAUCGACGAUUCUACAAAUUUGGGUGGCCAUGAGAAUGUUUCUGAUACUGAAAAUCCUAAAGAAGAUGAACACAAAUCUUCUAGUUUAGAUAUUUAUGACCCUAGAACUUGGGAAAUUCUUGACAAUAAAUCAAGAGACAUUCUAAUAGAGAAAGGGCCUACAAGGGAUUUAAAUCUUGUGUAUCAUCCAGAUGAUAACGGUAGACAUUUUUCAAAUGCCUACUACUCAAGAAACCUAAGUAAUGGGGAGGUUAGUGAUAGGAAAUGGUUGGUCUACUCUAAGGAUGCGAAUAAAGUUUACUGUUUUUGCUGCAAAUUGUUCAAAUCGGAAGGUAACAAAAGUCUGUUAGCAUCCGAGGGACUAAGUGAUUGGCAACAUCUUAGCCAGAGGCUCAAACUUCAUGAGAAUAGUAUUGAGCAUAUCACUAACAUGAAUACUUGGAAUGAGGUAAGGCUGAGACUAAAUAAAAAUCAAACAAUUGACAAAGAUUUGCAGCAAGAAAUUUCAAAAGAAAAAGAGCGAUGGAGACAAGUUUUAAUAAGAAUUGUUGCUGCUGUGAAGUUUCUUGCUAAACAUAAUUUGGCUUUUCGAGGAUCGAAUGAGAAACUUUAUCAAGAUAACAAUGGUAACUUUUUGGGAAUAAUAGAAAUGAUGGCAGAAUUUGAUCCUAUAAUGCAGGACCAUAUUAGGCGUAUUCAAAAUAGUGAAAUUCAUCAUCACUAUCUUGGCCAUAAGAUUCAAAAUGAGCUGAUUGAUAUUCUUGCACAAGGUGUUAAAAACACUAUCAUAAGGAUAAUUAAGGAUGCCAAAUAUUUCUCUGUAAUUCUAGACUGUACCCCUGAUGUAAGCCAUCAAGAACAAAUGACUCUAAUUGUGAGGUGUGUAAACAUGUCAAGUAACACUACAAAAAUAGAAGAGUAUUUUCUGGAGUUCUUGAAGGUGGAUGAUACAUCUGGACUAGGACUCUUCAAUGAGUUAGUAGGUGCCCUUAAAUCUCUUGAUUUGAAUGUUAAUGAUGUGAGAGGUCAAGGCUACGAUAAUGGUUCUAACAUGAAAGGAAAACAUCAAGGUGUUAAAGCACGUUUGCUUGAAAUAAAUCCUAGAGCAUUGUACAUGCCAUGUUCCUGUCAUAGCCUCAAUCUUACACUUUGUGACAUGGCAAAAUCAUGUAGCAAAGCUAUUACCUUCUUCGGAGUUGUGCAACGAAUUUAUACAUUGUUUUCCGGUUCUACUAAAAGAUGGGAGGUAUUGGUUAAUAAAGUUAAAGAUCUAACUUUGAAACCUUUGUGUGAUACUCGCUGGGAGAGUCGAAUAAAAAGUGUCCAAGCUAUUCGGUAUCAAGCUCCUCAGAUAUUGUUAGCUUUAUUGGAAUUGGAAAGAACUUCUAGUGAUGACCCAAAAACUAAG